UUUUUUUAAAUUUCUUCAAGUUUCAUGCGGAACUUCUUUAUAUUGAUAUCCAUUGAAGUUUUAAAAUAUUUAACAAGUACUACUAGUUAUGUACCUACCUACUUUUAUUAUGAAAUUUACAGCAAUUUUUUGAGAACAUACGUUGAAGACGACAAGAUGGAAAAUUUGAAUAAAUCACAUUUCUACAUCACACAUCCCAAAUUCAAAAAUGAAACUACGAAAGAUUCAAAAGAAAACAGAGAGGAAGAGCCAAUUGUGAUGUUGUUUGGUUGGAUGGGAGCCAAAGACCAGUACUUGAAAGUUUAUUCUCAGAUUUAUGAAGAGAAAGGUUAUCCUACAGUGAGGCUCACAGUUUCCCCACUGAUAGUUCUAUUCAAGAACAAUGAGAUGUUGAAAUUUUCGGAUAAACUGUUGAAGCUAUUGGACGAGCCUGAUUUCAAAGAUAGGCCAGUUAUAAUCCACCUGUUUUCGAAUGGUGGUGGUUUUCAAUACGAUAUCCUGUAUAAAGCCCUACAAGGGGAUGAGGCAAAAAAGACAAAGGUGAAAGGAGUGAUAUUUGAUUCUGCUCCUACAAAGACGACAAUCUACAACAGUUUCUCUGUAUGUAGCAUGAUACUCAGUUCCAUUGUGAGCAGCAGGUUGUUACUUUACCCCUUGACAGUGGCAUGCGUGGUUUGUACUGCUUCAAUCACUGGUAUGAGGAAAAUUCAAAGGGACGUCUUCAAAAAACCAGUACAUGUAAUGGAUACCUACAAUAAUCUGAAAAAUCAAGAGAAUUUAUGUCCGCAACUGUUUUUCUAUUCCAAAGCCGACUCAUUGGUUCCUUAUAGGGAGUUGGAAGAUUUUAUAGAGGCAAGAAAAAAGAAAGGAGUAGACGUUACAUGCAAAAUGUAUGAGAAAACUCCACAUGUCAAGCAUUACCCUUUUGAUAAGAUGGGUUAUUGCAAAACAGUUUUCAAAUUUUUGAAUAGAGUUGUGAAAAAAUGAUACAAGUGUUUCUUAUUGACCUCAAAGGUUUCCCAACACAAUAUUAAUAUUAAUGUAAGGUAUAAGUGAUUAAAUAAAGUAAAAAUAAUAGUAUUCA